CUCGGUUUUCAUUUUCCCCACGAAAGCAACAACGCAAGACAACGGCAAAGCAAUAGGCAUCGAUGUGGGCGGGGAUGCAACGCUUCGACUGGCUACAACUUCAAGUUGGCUGGUCCGUUUCUGCUCUCUGCUGUCAUCGAUUGCAACAGCCAUCUCCGACGAACAUCUCUGUGCUGUGCGAGCUCCUCACGGCGAAUCGCGUGCGCCGCAUCCGAAGCACUCUCACGCCGUCAUGUUUUCCGAUGCAAAGGAAUCUCUCAUCAACAAGAACCAAUCCCUCCAAGACUACUAUGCCUCGCUCGAAUCCAGAAUCGGGUACAGAUUCGUGUUGGGGGGAACACGACACUUCGGAUUCUAUACUCGUGGCACAUACUGGCCAUUCCCUAUUGGCAAAGCUCUCAGGGCUAUGGAGGACAAUCUCAUCGGUACACUGGAUCUAGAGAAGGGGUCGAAGGUGCUGGACGCGGGAUGCGGCGCCGGAUAUGUUGCCAUCCACCUGGCUACGGCAGGCUACCAUGUCCAUGGAAUAGAUGUCAUGGACCAUCACAUUAUUAAGGCACGACGAAAUGUCGAGACGCGGGGACUGGAAGGGAAAAUCACGGUCACGAACAGCGACUACCAUCAUCUCGACGCUUUCGCGGAUGAUAGCUUCGAUGGCGCAUACACAAUGGAAACUUUCGUCCAUGCAACCGAACCCGAAAUCGCGGCUGCAGAAUUCUUCCGUGUCAUUCGACCUGGAGGUAGUAUCGCCAUGUGCGAGUAUGACCACGUCGACUUUAACACUCAACCUGAAGAGGUCGGCGAUUCGUGGACGACCAUUAACAAGCAUGCCGCGAUGCCGGCGUAUGAUCUUUUUCAGCAAGGUGUGCUAAAAGGCAUUCUCGAGGAAGUUGGGUUCGAAGAUGUCGAGGUUAAGGAUCUGUCAGAAAAUGUUCUUCCAAUGUUGAGAUUUUUCUACAUCCUAGCUUUUAUCCCAUACCACAUUAUUGCGUUUCUGGGACUCAAGUCUUAUUUCAUAAACACAGUGGCUGGUUAUGAAGGAUAUGUUUACAGAGAUGCGGUCCGAUAUAUAUCCGUAUCUGGAAAGAAACCUCUGGCUGCGGGCGAGGUGGAGCCAAGCGAGGGAAAGAAGCUUCGAUGAAGGAUUGGAAAUUUUCGAGGGCCUGCCAGAGUGCUGCUGAUGAUGCAGCGACCAAAACCUUGAAACUUGCCCGCCAUUAUAGACCUUCGGGCAAGAAAGAGCCAGCAGCACAGCACUAUCAGAUGUCGUUCCAAGGACGCAAUAAUAAUAUCCAUAUGUACCAUAAUCAUCUAGCCCUCGGAAAAGUAAGUGCAG